UAUUUAGCAUUUUAUUUUCGCUUGUCAUUCCGUACUCGUAUUCUAAAAUCCAAAAAGUUUGUUCAAUAAGUAUUAACUAAAAAAAAUGGCUUUAUUAGAUCUUAGUCGUUUAGACGAGAAAAUAAACUUAAAACCGAUUGAUUCGCUUGCUUCUAUUAAUAAUGACGUACUAGGAUACACACAAAAUUUUAUAAAUUGUUCUCAACUUGCGACUCCUCCGUUUGCAAACCCGGUAGAGACUUUAGCUCAGUUUAAUACGAAAGAUGAGACUGGACGCCAAAUAAAAAUUGAGUUCGAUCAUGGUACGACUACUCUUGGAUUUCGUUAUAAGGGAGGAGUAUUACUUGCCGUAGAUUCACGAGCAACUGGUGGUCAGUUCAUUGGUUCUCAGUCAAUGAAGAAAAUUGUAGAAAUCAAUGACUAUCUACUUGGUACACUCGCUGGCGGUGCUGCAGAUUGUGUCUACUGGGACCGUGUGCUAGCUAAGCAAUGCAGACUCUAUGAGCUACGAAACCGUGAGCGUAUCUCAGUGGCCGCAGCCAGCAAACUGAUGGCCAACAUGGUGUACAAUUACAAAGGCAUGGGACUCAGCAUGGGAAUGAUGCUAGCUGGAUUCGAUAAAAGGGGUGCACAACUGUAUUAUGUAGACAGUGAGGGAACUCGUACUCCAGGGAAAGUGUUCUCAGUUGGUUCUGGUUCUGUGUAUGCAUUUGGUGUUUUGGACUCUGGAUACCAUUGGGAUCUUGAAGAUCUUGAGGCUCAAGAGUUGGGACGUCGCGCCAUCUACCACGCAACGCACCGCGAUGCUUACUCCGGCGGUAUUAUCCGUGUGUACCACAUCAGUGACAAGGGCUGGGUCAACAUCUCCAACGAGGACUGUUCUGACUUGCAUUAUAAGUACCAAGAGGAGAAGGGGGUCAAGGAUGAAUAAAUAUAAGUUUUUUAAUAUAUAACAUUUAAUGCA